CAUCAUCGCUGUAAUAGCCCGGCAUCUACCUAAUUGGCCCCCUCUUUUGGUCAUCUGCGGUCCCGUUUGUACCUUGCGAACCAAAAAAUCUGAAGGCAGACCCGUUUUCCACUACCGGAAUUCCUUGGCGUAGCUUCGGCUCAGCGGUCCCCGGCAAGCUCACUUCCCAAAACCAUUCCUUUCCAAGUUUUAGGGUUUCGGAAUCGUACACGAAGCAGGACUGGGUGACUUGAUUCUGAAGAAAGUUUCCAUCUUGCCGUCGUUGCCCUUUUUUUAAAUCUUUCUUUCUUUCUUUUUUAUUUGUUCCUUCGAUCUAUUUGGAAAGGCUAUCUGAGGAGUGUUUUGACGAAUUUUCGUGAUUUUCUUGUGGUUCUUUUAAGGAGGAUUUGCUAGUCCGGUUAGGGCUGGCUUCAGUAAUUUAACCACGGCUCUAAACAGAGAAUCUCGUAUUAUUAUCAAAAGGGGAAGAGAAUGCCUGCAGGCUUUCCCUAAGUUCUUGAUUGCUUCCCCUGCUUUCCACGGUGGUCGCGGCGCCCUGCCUUCUGCCGGCGGACAUCCGUCGGACCUCACCUGUCUUGCUGGUGGUGGUGCAGAGGCUUGAAGGCGCUUGGAAUUAUUCUAUAGUUUGUUUUAGCGGGUAUCUGGUGUGUUGUAAGUAUUAUUAGAUAUGGUGUCGUUCACUUUGUUCGAAGGUGAUUAUCCUGUUGUGAAGCAAACUGCCAGCCAGGAGCAGUCGAAGUCCCAUGAAGCUCCUCUCAGAGGUUUUGAGACGCUAGUUUAUCUCGCAUGUGCUACGAAACAAAAUGGGGCCUGUGAUGGGUUUUCAUGCACUUCUGAUGAUGGGCAAAGCUUAUUAGACACCCUCAUCUUGUCUCAGUGGGAAGAGCGUGCAUGGAUGGGUCGGCUUAGUUAUGACGUAACUUCAUGCGAGACGAAGCAGAUUGUUGGUGGGAUGAAGUUAACUGCACAAUUGAAUGAAGAAUGGAACUCAAAUUUCCUUAAAGAGUUUGAGAAAAAGGCAUUCCAGUCAUCAGGGGGCAUAAUUAAACCUAGCUAUAUUAAAAAUAAUCAGGAAGAGAUUCUUUUCUGUGUUUCAAGUGGAGAAAGGGAGAGAUCUGUGCUUGUUCCUUUUGUUGCAACACCUCAAGAGGGAACCUUGAUUAUUGUUAAUGCAAAUCCUAUUGAAUAUGGGCACAUUUUCUUGGUUCCGUAUUGCCAUCAUAAGAGGACACAAUCUAUUGGGGGAGCACUUCAGUUGAUCACCCAGAUUGCUGAUGAAGUUGAUAAUUUAUCCUUCAGAAUGUUUUAUGAUUACUUGGCUACAAAUACCGAUCGAACAUACUUCCAGGCCAGUUACUUUGCCAAUCCUCUCCCAGUGGAGCUUCUUCCAAUUAUACCCAUCUAUGGUAGUUUAAUUGAUGGGAUACAGAUUCUGGAGGUUGCAGAUUAUCCUCUAAAUGCACUGGUUUUUGCAAGCAAUAAUCUGAGAAAGCUUGCUGAUGUAGUAGGAGAAAUAUGUUCUACAUUGCAGCACCGCAAUACUGUCUUUAAUCUGCUGAUCUCAGAUUGUGGAACAAAGAUGUUCUUGUUUCCUCAGGUCCAUUUGCCGGUGACCGGGCAUCAUCUUCAUGCGUGGGAAUGUGGUGGCUACUUCAUCUACCGCAAAAGUUUAGAUUUUGACAAUGCCUCUGAGAAGGAGAUCUCCAAGUGUUUGGCUUCCGUCUCUAUUGAUGCUGAGGGCUUUCAAUCCCUGAAGCAGCUUUGUUGUGGUAUUACAGCCAAGUUAUCUUGAGCAUUCAAUAUUGGUUUGAUUCCGUUGGAAUAAUUAAAUGGGCAUUUGUGUGACUUGCUUCUGCAGUGCUUAUUUUAUAAAUUUUAUAAGCAAUUAUCUCUGUAAGUAUUUGCUUCUGAUCCUUUGAAAACUAGUUUAUCACAAGAACUUUAUGUUGUGCAGAAUUUUACUUUUUGUUUGAAUAUUAAGUGAAAUCUAUAUAUUUUCUGUGAUGUGUUGGCUUGGAA